GUGGCUGAGGAGGAGUUCUUUUUAACCAGAAGUGUCCUAGUGCGUCGAUUUCCGCUUAGAUCGUCACGUGGUUAGUUGUUAUCGUUACCAGGACGCCGAGAGAGUUUGGAUUCGGAACACUGGGGAAUCCUGAGCGUUCACCCGGCGUGCGGUGCCGUGUGCAGAGCUCUCUGAAGUGCAGUGCGAGAUUCCUGGGUCAAGCCAAGUCAUUCAUGCUGCUGAUUUUCUAGCAAAACCUGUCGGCUCUACUCAAUGGCUCCACAUGAAUCCUGAGGAAAUCCAGACAUGGCCGCCGACCUGAAUUUCUGUCAGAAGCCCCAGAGCCUGGAAACAGAGGGGCAGGAUGGGCCACGUGAGAGAUGGAUAUCCUUUGAGGAUGUGACUGUGGACUUCAGCCAGGAGGAGUGGCAGCACCUGGACCCUGCCCAGAGACACCUGUACCAGGAGGUGAUGCUGGAGAUCUACAGCCACCUCUUGUCAGUGGGGUAUCCCAGGCCGGAGGUCAUCCUCAAGAUGAAGAACGUAAAGGAUGCACGGGUGGGGAAGGUUGACUUCCCACAUCAGCUGUGUGGUCAAGGGGAGUCAGAGCGUGACUCGCCACACCAAGUAUGUGUGAAAGCUGCAUUUCCAAAUGAUGUAUCAAGAGUAAUCACUAGAGGUGGUUCCUACUGUUCCAUUAUAGAGGAACCGCGGCACGGUGGUGAUCCUCAAAGGUCAGAUCAGCAAAAUCAGAUCCCACCCUUGAGUCCUGGUGCUUCCUUCAGCCAGAAGACCCUAAUGGUAAACAAUCGUGAUGGAUGUGAAGCAACUGGGGCAUCUCUGAGGUGUUGCCCCUGUGAAAAGACAUUGCAGCCUGACCUUCCAGCAGACAGAGAACCUCAAAGCAGCACCCCACUGCAGCCUAAUGGCGUCCUUGACUCUUGUCGGUUCUUCACACAAGGCCUUCCCAGUGCUGUGUGUACAAUUCACAACACAGGAGACAGAGCACACAGAGGUGACCAGUGUGCAAAUGUUCUCAGCCCUGAGCAACCGUUUAUGCAUCAUGACAUUCUUUCUCAGGACAAGCCAGCUGAAUAUAUCAACAAUGAGAAGGCCUUUGCUGCCAGGUCAGCUUGGUGUCAGCAGGAAACCACUAACGCUAUAGAGACACAUUUCAUUUGCCACCUAUGUGGGAAAUCCUUCCUUCAGAAAUCUGAGUUGAGCGGUCAUCCAGGAACAAACAGAGGAGAGACACGUUAUGAAUGUCCUGACUGCCUGAAGUCACUUGCAGGUACAUCUAGCCUGCGGGCACAUCGUGACACUCACACAAGGGAGAAACCUUACAGAUGCCGUGACUGUGGCAAGUCAUUCAGUUAUGCCUCCCACCUAAAGGUCCAUCUUCGAAUACACACAGGUGAGAGGCCUUACGUGUGCUCUGACUGUGGGAAGGCCUUUAGCCAAAAGUCAGUCCUCACCACGCAUCAGAGGAUCCACACUGGGGAGAAGCCUUACAUGUGUAGCCACUGUGGGAAAUUGUUUGUUUACGCAUCAGAUCUGAAGAAGCACAUACAGUUUCACACAGGGGAGAAACCCCAUGAGUGCAGAGAUUGUGGGAAAUUGUUCAGGAAUAAAUCUCACCUGCCUGUGCAUCGUCGAAUUCACACUGGUGAGAAGCCGUACAAAUGCCGUGACUGUGGGAAGUCAUUCCGGAGGAAGUCGCACCUUAAAGUGCAUCACCGAACUCACACUGGUGAGAAGCCUUACGUGUGCCCCGAUUGCGGGAAGGCCUUCAGCCACAGUUCAGUUCUCAGCACACAUCAAAGAAUUCACACUGGGGAGAGGCCUUACGUAUGCAGCGACUGUGGGAAGGCCAUGUCUUCUAAAGCCCAACUAAAUGAGCACCGAAGAAUCCACACAGGUGAGAAACCCUAUGUGUGCGUUGACUGUGGGAAAGCUUUCAGUGGCAGAUCUUCCUUACAAGCACAUCGUAGGACUCACAGUAGUGAAAAACCAUUUGUCUGUCGCCAAUGUGGGAAGGGCUUCCUGCGCAAGUCACAGUUGUCAUCUCACCAACAAAUUCACACUGGUGAGAAUCCUUAGGAGCGAGCGCUGUGCGUGUGUGCGCGCUAUAGUUCAGUCAUACAUAUCAGCUGAAGGAACAUCAUCAAAUUGAAACAGAAAAAUAUGUCCUUGAUUGGGAAGGUUUUCAACAGCUGAAGGCUCUUGGCUUUCAUUUUGUGCAGAGAAACCUGAGGUGACUUUUGAAUGCAGAAAGUCCUUCAAACACAAGUCAGAUGUCAGUAGCCCCAGCAGACCUGACACUAUAGAUACUGAUCAUGUGAAAGGCUCUUGUACAAAGUCAAUUCCUUAUCCAUGUUUUUAAAUAAAGAGACCUAAUUAUA